AUGAUUGAAGUAAACUAUAUAGACUUCUAUGCAAAUGGGAAUACGCCAACGGAUAUACUCAAGAAGAAAAUGUGUCCGACUAUAUGUAUUUCCUCAACAAAGCCAGAUGCAGUGCUGAAGAUAGAGGUGGUUUACUCUGUUAGCUCUUCAAACACCGAUUAUGACCAGAUAUUAUGCAGUGAAACAGUAGAGGGAAUACCUGCAGGGGUAGUUGAGUUCGAGCUAGAGACUGAAAUACCAAACCUCUCAAAGAUCCCCAGAGAGCACUUGCUUGGGCUUGCUUCAAUACUCUUCUUAUUCUAUACAGCAGAGGGCCAGCAGUUUGUCAGAGUGGGGUACUUUGUGAAAAUAGACUACCUAGGGAUUCAGAUUAUUGAAACCCCGCAGGAGUACCAGGAGGAUGCAUUUGAAAUUGAUGAUAUAGAGUGCUCAUCAGAUGUGGCAGAAGAGAGAAGCCAAGAAGCAGAGCCAGAAGAGAAACAGGAAGCUGCAGAAAAAGAAGAAGAAAAGAGUUUGGAGCAAGACGAGGCCAGUACAGAGAAAGAGGCAGCAGAGGACGAUGUAUCAAUUGAGGCUGAGGAGGCAGAAGAAGCAAAGAAAGAGGAUAUAAAGCCAGAAGGAGUUCAUGAUGGCAUUCUUUUUGUAACUGAGGAAAACUUUAAGACAAUGGACCUUGAUAUGGACAAGAUUGAAGGAAAAGUUUUAGAUCCACCCCUAGUGACUGUUUUUACUGAGGCAUGGAAUACUGCAGAGGAUGAAGAAGAUGUCUCUAAAUUCAAUGAAGAAUAGAUCUAAACGGCAUAAUAAACAUAAAUUA